CAAUCUAAUUAAUUUCAUCUCUUUUUUUCUCAUACCCUUUUUAGCUAAGCUAAUAAUUUGAGGGACGACUAAAAGAGAGGGUUCCAAUCACCAACUAUGAGUCGCAUUGGUGACGAAAACAUUGUUACUAGUGCAGCUUCAUCUCGCCGUCGACCCGAGUCGUUGCCACAACUCCAUAGCGUUGGAAGGCCUGUAAAACAGACUAUAUGGCAAGAACUUGGUCAUACCUUCAAGGAGACUUUUUUUCCUGAUGAUCCUUUGAAGAGUUUUAAGGAUCAACCGCCUUCGAAAAAAUUCGUCCUUGGUUUACGCGCUGUUUUCCCCAUUUUCGACUGGGGAAGACAGUAUACCCUUGGCAAAUUUAAAAGUGACGUUAUUGCUGGAAUUACCAUCGCAAGUCUUUGCAUACCACAGGACAUUGCCUAUGCAAAGCUUGCUUAUCUCAAACCCGAAUAUGGAUUAUAUAGUAGCUUUGUACCACCUCUUAUAUAUGCUUUCAUGGGAAGCUCAAGAGAUAUAGCUAUCGGUCCAGUGGCGGUCGUCUCGCUCCUACUCGGAACUCUACUUAGUCCUGUGAUUGAUCCUGAAACUAAUCCAGUUGAAUAUACUCGACUUGCAUUAACAGCUACGUUUUUUGCUGGUGUCACUCAAGCCGCACUUGGUUUCUUCAGGUUGGGCUUCUUAGUUGACUUCCUCUCCCAUGCCGCGACUGUUGGAUUUAUGGCUGGUGCAGCCAUUACUAUUGGUCUUCAGCAGCUCAAAGGCUUGCUUGGCAUAAAGAAGUUUACAAAGGAGACUGAUAUAAUCUCAGUUUUGGAAUCGGUUUUCAGCCAAGCGCAGCAUGGAUGGAAUUGGCAGACAAUAGCUAUAGGUGUAUCAUUCUUGAUUUUCCUCUUGGUCGCCAAGUAUAUUGGAAAGAAAAACAAGAAACUGUUUUGGGUUCCUGCAAUGGCUCCCCUCACCUGUGUUAUCCUGUCGACUCUGAUCGUGUUUGUUACUCGUGCUGAUAAGCAUGGUGUUCAAAUUGUGAAACACAUAAAGAAGGGAAUCAACCCGCCUUCUGCGGACCAAAUCUUUUUCACUGGACCUUACCUAUUGAAAGGAAUCAAAAUUGGUGCCAUUGCUGGUAUAAUUGCACUUACGGAAGCAGUAGCAAUUGGCAGAACAUUUGCAGCUAUCAAAGAUUACUCUAUUGAUGGAAACAAAGAAAUGCUUGCCUUAGGAAGCAUGAACAUUGUUGGCUCAAUGACAUCUUGUUAUGUAGCUACUGGUUCAUUCUCUCGCUCUGCAGUGAACUUCAUGGCUGGUUGCCAAACAGCAGUCUCCAAUAUAGUCAUGUCAAUGAUUGUAUUCUUGACUUUGAUGGUCAUCACACCUCUGUUUAAGUUCAUUCCAAAUGCAAUUCUCGCUGCCAUUAUUAUAUCCGCAGUGAUUAACCUUGUUGAUAUUGGAGCUGUAAUUCUCUUAUGGAAGAUUGAUAAGUUCGACUUCAUUGCUUGUAUGGGAGCAUUCUUCGGAGUCAUCUUUAUAUCUGUUGAGAUUGGCAUCUUGAUCGCGGUUUGCAUUUCCUUUGCCAAGAUUCUGUUGCAAGUAACAAGGCCAAGGGUAGCAUUACUUGGAAAUCUUCCUGGAACUACACUUUACAGGAAUAUUCAGCAGUACCCAGCUGCUUCAACCAUCCCCGGUGCUCUGAUUGUGAGAGUCGACUCUUCAAUCUAUUUUUCAAACUCAAAUUACGUCAAGGACAGGACUCUGAGAUGGCUAGCUGAUGAAGAAGAGCUGAACAGAGAAAGUAACCUUCCCAAAAUUCAACAUCUGAUUAUUGACAUGUCUCCUGUGAUCGAUAUUGACACCAGCGGCAUCCAUGCUCUAGAAGACUUGAACAAGAGUAUUCAAAAGAGAGAAAUACAGCUUCAUUUAGCAAAUCCAGGGUGUGUUGUUAUGACAAAACUCUAUGAUUCCGGAUUUGUAGAUGUUGUUGGACAAGACAAUAUUCAUCUGACAGUUGGAGAUGCUGUUCGAGCAUGCAAUCGAAAGAUACAAGAAGAAACAGCUUGACUUUACUCAUCAAUCUCGCGAGUGUACUUUGAGCUUUAACCAUGAUUCCCCUGGAAAAUUAGUGCGGUUUCUUGUGCUAAAGCUUGAUGUUUUUGUUAUACAAUAUAUUAACUUCAAACUAUCCAUGUAUAAAUGUACUCUUCUCUUGGUAAGAUAACAUUAGGUGCAAGCUGACGCCGGUUGUCUUCUGAUAUGUGAUUAUCUUCUAUACAUUUUUUAAUGGAGCUUCGUUUUUUGAUGUUCGGCUUUAGAUCCUCCCAUUCUACUGAAUCGUUCGAGAUUGAGAGUCAUUGAGAGGUUUCUUCUAAUACAGAUCUAUACAAUGUACAAUUUGAAGUGUUACAAAGAAUUGAUCAGCGUGAUCACUGUAAGAAUUUAUCAUUGAAGUGUGUGUUUGUGAAUCAACCUUUAAUAUUUUAUGAAGAAUGAAAUUUCUAAUCAUUGAA